ACUUUGCACAUACGGAGUAUAUAAGUGUGUAUGUACACAAAUCCCUUGAAAAGGAAGUAUGGUAUUUGAUGAGUCUAUAUAGUUCGCCUCAACAAUCAGCAAUUCUUCUUGGAGUACACUUCUUGGUUUUUCUUCUUCUUCACGUUUUCGAUCAAAGUUCGAGUCUUGCCAUGGCAAAGAGUUCAUUCCAGCUUGAUCAUCCUUUGGAGAGGAGGCAGGCAGAAUCUAGCCGUAUUCGGGAGAAGUAUCCUGAUAGAAUCCCAGUGAUUGUUGAGAAAGCAGAAAGGAGUGACAUUCCUGAUAUUGAUAAGAAAAAAUACCUUGUCCCAGCUGACCUGACCGUUGGGCAGUUUGUGUAUGUGGUCCGAAAGAGGAUCAAGCUUGGUGCUGAGAAGGCUAUAUUUGUAUUUGUCAAGAACAUGCUUCCACCAACUGCUGCAAUGAUGUCUGGAAUUUAUGAGGAGAACAAGGAUGAAGAUGGAUUUCUUUACAUGACUUACAGUGGGGAGAACACCUUUGGGGGGUGGGCGCAUUUAGUUUGAAAGUCCCAACAUGUUAAAUUUGUACAUUCUUGGAUUUUACUCUGCUAGACAAAGGCAAAGAAAUUUCACCACAUGGUUCCUUAUUAUUAUAUUAACCACACCUUUAAUGAAGCGCCUUAAUAUUCUCAACUUGUCAAAAGUUGCAUUUUUGUUGGAGACAUGAAGCGUAUAUCUGCCUCUACAUUUUGCUUUUAUUCUUUAGCCGAACUGAACUCUGAGUAUUUGUUAUUGAGCUGGAUUUGUCACCUUCUGCCUAUAGGGAGGACAGCUAGGCGGAUGUGUUUUUUUUUUUUUUGUAAAAAUACUUGUAUAACACUAUAACCUCUAAGCAAAAAUGCCCAAAUUUUAUGAUCUUAUGUUUAAUUUA